AUGGGUUCCCUCGCUCCUUACCAGCGCAAGCACAAGAUCACCGUCGUCGGCUCCGGUAACUGGGGCUGCGCCAUCGCCAAAAUCGUCGCCGAGAAUGCCGCUAGCAACCCGGACAUCUUUGAGGAGAAGGUAGAGAUGUGGGUGUUUGAGGAGAAUGUUGAGAUCCCAAAGGACUCGCCAAACUUCAACCCCGCGAACCCCGGACCCCAGAAGUUGACCGAAGUGAUCAACCGGGCCCACGAGAACGUCAAGUAUCUGCCUGGCAUUAGACUUCCCACCAAUCUGCAUGCCAACCCGUCCCUGGAGGACGCGGUCAAGGACAGCACCAUCCUCGUUUUCAACCUCCCCCACCAGUUUAUCCUCAAGACCUGUGAAUCCAUUAAGGGUAAGAUACUGCCCUAUGCCCGUGGUAUCUCUUGUAUCAAGGGCGUCGAUGUCAACGAGCACGGCAUCAACCUGUUCUCCGAGACCAUCGGUAAGAUCCUCGGCAUCUACUGCGGUGCCCUGUCCGGCGCAAACAUUGCCAACGAGGUGGCCAAGGAGAAGUGGUCCGAAACCACUGUCGCCUACGACCCUCCCCACCUGGACUCCAAGGCCCCUUCGCCCUCGGGCUCACAAGUAAACCUGGUGGAGUUUGAGCACAAGGACGUCUCGGGCAACUUUUCCAACGUCAAGCUACAAGCGCUGCCUUCGGACUACCCGCCCGUUGACCAUAGCAUCCUGAAGUCUCUCUUCCACCGCCCCUACUUCCAUGUUCGGGUCGUGAAUGAUGUCGCUGGCGUUUCCAUCAGUGGUGCUCUGAAGAACGUUGUCGCGCUGGCCGCUGGCUUCGUUGUGGGCAUGGGCUGGGGUGAUAACGCCAAGGCUGCCGUGAUGCGCGUGGGACUGAUGGAGAUGGUUCGAUUUGGUGACAAGUUUUUCGGAGCUACCAUUGACCAGCGGACAUUUACCGAUGAGAGUGCAGGUGUCGCCGAUUUGAUUACCAGCUCCAGCGGUGGCCGUAACUUCCGUUGCGCCAAGUACAGUGUUGAACGCAAUCAGUCUAUUGAGCAGAUCGAAAAGGAUGAGCUCAAUGGCCAGUCGCUGCAAGGUACCCUCACAGCUGUCGAGGUCAACAGCUUCUUGAAGAAGCAGGGCCAAGAGGAGGACUUCCCUCUUUUUACUGCUGUCUACCGCAUUCUGCAAGGAACUAUGCAGGUCUCAGAGAUUCCUUCAUAUAUUGAGCGGUAA